AUGCAUAGUUGUCGUGGUGCUCGACAACGCACCAUAUCAUUCCAAAAGGCUGGACCGGAUCCCGACCUUAGCGGAUACGAAGGAAGUGCUGGCAUUGUUCCUGCAGCAGCACGACAUCCCCUUCGACAUGGCGUAGACCAAGAGAUCGAUGUUGCAAGAUAUUCGUUAGCAUACCGCUGGGAAGGAAGAGCAGUUCCAAAGCUACGUGAUUGA